CUGGGUGGUCCAGCAACCCAGCACAACCAAAUAUCUGCUUGGAACCCAGCCACCAUAAAGCCUGCUAUCUAAAAAAACUUCACAUCUCUCAGUUCAUUCAGCCCAGACCCCUGCCUCAUUUCACCUGUGACUCCACUUGGAAAACACAGCAGUUACAAAGCAGCCAUUGCAAUUAUCUCAGUGGAAAUGGAAAAACGGACCUUUGAAAAUGCUAGGUUUAUGAUGAGAAGUGCCGUAAGUCGAUGUUUAUUUUAUGGGUCCUUGACAUUUGGGAUCUGGACAACUCUGUUAUUCAUAUAUUUGCACCAUAAUCAUGUGAGCAACCAGCAGAAGGAAAGCCAUGAGUCUCUGUCAGCUUGGUCCCCUGGAAAAAAAGUACGUCAGCAAAUUAUCUAUGGCUCAGAGCAAAUACCAACACCACAUGUAACAGUCAAAAUCACUGAUAAAGAUAAAGCAGAUUCUAUGUUGGGUGACGAUUUUAACCAUACAAACCCAGAACUUCAUAAAGAUUUUUUAAAAUAUGGAUUUAACAUAAUUAUCAGUAGAAGCUUGGGCAUCAAGAGAGAAGUGCCAGAUACCAGGAGUAAAAUGUGUCUUCAAAAACGUUACCCAGUCCGCCUCCCGACUGCCAGCAUUGUCAUUUGCUUCUAUAAUGAAGAAUUUAAUGCCUUGUUUCGUACCGUGUCCAGCAUCUGGAACCUCACGCCACACCAUUGUCUUGAAGAAAUUAUUUUGGUAGAUGACAUGAGCAAAGUUGAUGAUUUGAAAGAAAAACUAGACUAUCACCUGGAAACUUUUCGGGGAAAGAUUAAAAUAAUAAGAAACAAAAAGAGAGAGGGGCUGAUUCGAGCCAGACUGAUUGGAGCUUCUCAUGCUUCAGGGGAUGUUCUGGUGUUCCUGGACAGCCACUGUGAGGUGAACAGAGUAUGGCUGGAGCCCCUGCUGCAUGCCAUUGCCAAGGACCCCAAAAUGGUGGUGUGCCCCGUGAUAGAUGUCAUUGAUGAUAGAACCUUGAAAUAUAAGCCCUCUCCUGUCGUAAGGGGAGCUUUUGACUGGAACCUACAAUUUAAAUGGGAUAAUGUUUUCUCUUAUGAGAUGGAUGGACCAGAAGGACCCACUAAACCAAUCCGAUCACCUGCAAUGGCUGGAGGAAUUUUUGCUAUUCGUCGGCAUUAUUUUAAUGAAAUCGGACAGUAUGACAAGGACAUGGAUUUUUGGGGAGGAGAAAAUUUGGAACUUUCACUAAGGAUCUGGAUGUGUGGAGGCCAACUCUUUAUAAUCCCCUGCUCUCGCGUAGGACAUAUCAGUAAGAAACAACCUGGAAAAGGUUCUGAGCUCAUCAAUGCUGUGGCACGUAACUACCUAAGACUGGUGCACGUUUGGCUGGAUGAAUAUAAGGAGCAGUUUUUCCUUCGAAAACCUGGUCUGAAAUAUAUGACCUACGGAAACAUCAGUGAGCGUGUUGAGUUAAGGAAACGACUGGGCUGCCAGUCAUUUCAGUGGUAUUUGGAUAAUGUCUUCCCAGAGCUGGAGGCAUCGGUGGGCAGCUCUUGAAAGGAAAACAAAUCACUAUCAUCAAUAAAGGGUUAAAAGUCUCCUGGUCGUUCAGUACAGUGGAACAAAAGUGUAAGUUUCGAACACCGUGGAAUUACGUGAAAUGCAAUUAAAGAAAUACGACC